AUGAAGUGGGCGUACGUUGUGGCGGCGCUGGUCUUCGGAUUGGCCGCUGCCGGAGUGACCGUCGUGGUGCCCUUCGUCACCACCUCCUUCAACGUCGCUGCUGGGUACUCGGCCAAGCUCACCUGCUCCGCCGUGUUUGUUGCCGGCCGUGACCCCGCCCACGUCUACAACCACGAGCUAUCGGGCACGAUCGGCAAGGUGACCGAUGUGGCAGUGGUGAACCGCGAGGAGCGCUAUGUGACCACCACGGCCAGCCUGUUCGGCUUCUUCCCCGUCCAACGUCUUCCGCUGGCAUCGGACGACGUAUCGCUUCCCCCGGCUCCCACCAACGCUUGGCCUGCCCGUUUGGCCCACGGCGACGGCGAAGAAGUUGAUCGCGAGCUCCUCAACAGCGUAAUCGAAGAGCAGUUAGACCCGGCCAAGCAUCGAGAUGUCGACACGCGUGCGAUCAUCGUGGUGCGAAACGGUCGCAUUGUCGCAGAGCGCUACGGACCGGACUUCCAACCACACACGCGCUUGGCGUCGUGGUCCAACGCCAAGAGCGUGAUCAGCACUCUGAUCGGCAUACGGAUCGCCCAGGGCCACCUCCGCCUCGACCAGACGCGGCUCUUCCCCGAGUGGAGCAAUGCCGCCGAUCCGCGCAGCAACAUCACCCUCGCCAACCUGCUACACAUGAGCAGCGGGCUCGAGUUCGACGAGAAAUAUGACCGGCACUCGGACGCGCGGGACAUGCUCUUCCUUCGCCCCUCGAUGUCGGAUUUUGCCGUCAACAAGCCUCUCAUCCACGCACCCGGCACCAAGUGGGCGUAUUCGAGUGGAACGAGUAACUUGCUCGCUCGACUUCUCCGCUCGACCUUCGCCACGGACGAGGAGUACUGGGCCUUCCCGCGCCAGGCUCUCUACGAGCCGCUCGGCAUGGACAGCGCCCUCAUGGAGACCGACGCUGCCGGCACGUUCGUGGGUUCGUCGUACAUGUACGCCACGGCUCGCGAUUGGGCCAAGUUCGGCCAACUGUUCCUCAACGAGGGCCAAUGGCCCACCGACGGCGAUGCCGCCGAGGAGCACCAGCAGGUGCUGACCCCGGGCUGGGUGCGCUACGUGCAAACGCCGGCGCCGGCGAGCAAGCACCGCUAUAGCGCCCAGUGGUGGCUCAACGGCGCCGCCACAGAGGGCAAGGGCGACGACGUCUUCGACGCCGCCAGCGCCGACCUCUUCUGGCAGCGCGAGCUGCCCACAGACGCCUACUGGGCGCAUGGCUUUGAGCAUCAGUUCGUGAUGGUGGUGCCCUCGCGCAAGGCCGUCAUUGUGCGACUGGGCCGUACGCCCGACGUCACCAAGUGGGACCUCGCCCGCUUCUUCCGCGUCGUCUUCCAGGCUCUUCCUCCCUCCUCGUAG